CCCACGCCAGCCACGUGUAACAGCAGCAUAGAGAAAAAAAACAGAAAUAUGAAUUUCCACACUCUUCCCAUGAUCCUGGGAACAAUUUUCCUGCUUCCCGCCGUUUUCGGACAAACUUACCGCGUCGAACUUGAAAUAGACCCGCCAUGGGGGGCCUUCGAGGUCAGCUGUUUAUCCUCCGGACACCCUGAAAGGUACGAUGGAAUAUUCUCAUCCAAGGAUACAUUAGCCUGGGAAUUUACCGGGGUGUCAUCCUGGUUCUGUGUCAUCGAGUGGGACGACACAGCCUGCCUGUCGAAUUAUCUGAUACCCGGGUUAUGCCAAGGUAUGACCGUAUUUUCCUCAAAUUUUGGCGGCUCCGCGCCCGUAGCGAACAACACCUGGUUGAUCAAUGGCUUUGGGGCGACCCGAAUAAAGGAGAACGGCACUGAAGUUAACGACUACCGGUACCGGUGGGAUGGUUCAAUUCCCCCCGAAUUUAAUACCCCGCCAAAUGAUGCGUUUCACAUUAUUGUUGAUGUUCGCCCCCCAUCGGGCGAGGUGUACGUUCGCUGUCACGAUUUUUAUGAUUCGAUGUUUUAUGAGAGAACCUUUACUUCAAAUGGAACUUUGGAGUGGGAUUUUGUCCGGGAUUCGAUCUUCACCCCGGUCUGGACUUGUUACGCCGUUUGGGAUGAAGACAAGUGUGUCGCGGGAUGGACGUACGGCCCGAAUAAUCCGGCGGAUAAGACUUGCAGCGAGUUUCCGGUGUAUGGACGGGUUUUUGAUAGGCCGGGGUGGAUCAUUCCGAGAGCUAAUAAUACGUGGUUGAUUGAUGGAAGCGGGAAAGCUAGAAUUUCGGAGGGGGAGGGAGUUCCGGUUCAUGACUUUCCGGCAGAGUGGGAUCUUGAUGAUGCAUUCCUGAUCCGACAAACAAUCCAAGUCGAGAUUGCCCCUGGGGACAGUGAAAUCUACCUGGUAUGCCAUGGAACCUGGGGGGACGACGGAAGUAAGGACGCCGACUAUCGAGAAACAUUUACCACUUCACGAACAUUCCAGUGGGACUUCCUCGAGAAGGAUGAGCGUCGCAGGAAUUGGGCUUGCAACGCGUUCAAUGAGGUUGGCUGCUUGUCAAAAUGGGUCACUUCUGAGGACGGGAUGUCAACUUGCGCACCAUUUCCGGUGUACGGAACUUAUGGGGAGGAGACGGUUCAAAUGGCGAAUCACACGUGGUUAAUCGAUUCCUCGGGGAAGAUUAGGACGGAAGAGUGGGGUGUACCUGUCAACGACUUAAUCGAGAGUUGGGAUCCUUUUCAAUAAUUUCAUAACCUUAAUUACAAGUUUAGAAGGCCUGGUCAGAAUACGAAAUAAAUUUGAUGAAUAAUUACG